GGGUCCCUCCCUGGCUGCGGGAGAGACAGAGGUAGAGGGAGGACACAGCGCCGCGCCGCCCGCACCGAAGACCUUCGCCUCGCCCUGCCGGCUCCUCACCCUCUGGGAGGAACAUGGAUAAUCUCAGUGAUACCUUGAAGAAGCUGAAGAUAACAGCUGUUGACAAAACUGAUGAUAGUUUAGAAGGGUGCUUGGACUGUCUACUUCAAGCCUUGGCUCAAAAUAAUAUGGAAACAAGUGAAAAAAUCCAAGGAAGUGGAAUACUUCAACUGUUUGCAAGUCUGUUGAUUCCACAGUCUUCCUGCACAGCCAAAGUAGCUAACAUCAUAGCAGAAAUAGCCAAAAAUGAAUUUAUGCGAAUUCCAUGUGUGGAUGCUGGAUUGAUUUCACCACUGGUGCAGCUGCUAAAUAGCAAAGACCAGGAAGUGCUGCUUCAAACGGGCAGGGCUCUAGGAAACAUAUGUUAUGAUAGCCAUGAGGGCAGAAGUGCAGUUGACCAAGCAGGUGGUGCACAGAUUGUAAUUGACCAUUUAAGGUCACUGUGCAGUAAAACAGAUCCCGCCAAUGAGAAGCUCUUGACUGUCUUUUGUGGCAUGCUGAUGAACUAUAGCAAUGAGAAUGAUUCCCUUCAAGCUCAGCUUAUCAACAUGGGUGUUAUUCCUACCUUAGUUAAAUUACUGGGCAUCCACUGCCAAAAUGCAGCUCUUACAGAAAUGUGUCUUGUUGCAUUUGGCAAUUUAGCAGAACUUGAGUCAAGUAAAGAACAGUUUGCCAGUACAAACAUUGCUGAAGAGCUGGUAAAACUCUUCAAGAAACAAAUAGAACAUGAUAAGAGGGAAAUGGUUUUUGAAGUUCUUGCUCCACUGGCAGAAAAUGAUGCUAUUAAACUACAGCUGGUUGAAGCUGGCCUGGUAGAAUGUCUACUAGAGAUUGUUCAGCAGAAAGUGGAUAGUGACAAAGAGGAGGAUAUUGCUGAGCUCAAAACUGCUUCAGAUCUAAUGGUUUUAUUACUUCUUGGAGAUGAAUCCAUGCAGAAAUUAUUUGAAGGAGGGAAAGGUAAUGUGUUUCAAAGGGUACUGUCUUGGAUUCCAUCAAAUAACCACCAGCUACAGCUUGCUGGAGCAUUGGCAAUUGCAAAUUUUGCCAGAAAUGAUGGAAAUUGUAUCCAUAUGGUAGACAAUGGAAUUGUAGAAAAACUUAUGGAUUUACUGGAAAGACAUGUAGAAGAUGGAAAUGUAACUGUGCAGCAUGCAGCACUAAGUGCCCUCAGAAACCUAGCCAUUCCAGUUGUAAAUAAAGCAAAGAUGUUAUCAGCUGGAGUCACAGAGGCAGUUUUGAAAUUCCUUAAAUCUGAAAUGCCCCCAGUUCAGUUCAAACUCCUGGGAACAUUAAGAAUGUUAAUAGAUGCACAAGCAGAAGCUGCUGAACAACUGGGAAAGAAUGUUAAAUUAGUGGAGCGUUUGGUGGAGUGGUGUGAAGCCAAAGAUCAUGCUGGUGUGAUGGGGGAGUCAAACAGACUGCUCUCUGCCCUCAUACGACACAGUAAAUCAAAAGAUGUAAUUAAAACCAUUGUACAGAGUGGUGGCAUUAAGCAUCUAGUUACCAUGGCAACUAGUGAACAUGUAAUAAUGCAGAAUGAAGCCCUCGUUGCUUUGGCAUUAAUAGCAGCUUUAGAAUUGGGCGCAGCUGAGAAAGAUCUAGAAAGUGCUAAACUUGUACAGAUUUUACACAGACUGCUAGCAGAUGAGAGGAGUGCUCCUGAAAUCAAAUACAAUUCCAUGGUCCUGAUCUGUGCUCUCAUGGGAUCUGAAUCUCUGCACAAGGAAGUACAGGAUUUGGCCUUUCUAGAUGUUGUAUCCAAACUUCGCAGUCAUGAGAACAAAAGUGUUGCUCAACAGGCCUCUCUCACAGAGCAGAGACUUGCUGUGGAAAGCUGAGAACUACCCCUCCCUGACACACCUCUGAUUUCCCCUUUGUUCUCCAUCCAGCUGCCUCUUCUGCUUCAUUCUCUUCCAUAUCACUUGUGCAUGCGUGUAAUGUUCCAAUGCCAAUUGAAGAACUGCUGUAGGUACCUGCCCAAUAAGAUUUCUAAACCCAUAGUUAGUGUGAACAUGACUUUGUCAAAAACAAGUCUCCACCCAUAACUGUUUUCUUGUAUUCCUGUUGCUUGAGCUACGUUAAGUAGAAUGUGCAUGUUGUAGUCCUAUGAUGAUGUAAACUUGGUACUACAUAAUGACUUGCUCCUCAUCCUUGGUAAACUACAUAAUAAUGUACUGGUAAAUUAGAAACAAAUGAGAAUGCAGCAGGAUCUGACUAGCUUAUGAAAGAUGGAAUCGAAUAGUAAAAAUAGCUCCAUUUAUUGGUGCUUGGAAAGCACAGUGACCAAAAAACCUGUAUGGCUGCUUAUUCAUUAGUCUUACCUACUAAUGUCAAACCUAUGGUACCUAGAGUUAAAUAAAGUCCAAUGCUCUCACUCUUUA